AUAAGCAUGAUAAGGAAUAUUAUGUUUGAGUUCUUUGUUUUUCUCUCAUAACCUGUCAAUGAAAAUGACUUGUUUUCUAGUUGUCAUACCAGACCCUAUCCAUCAACAUGACAAUUACAGUUUUGUUCCUCUUGCAGUCUCCGCCUACUACUCCUAUAAUAUGUAAUGUAUUUUGUUGAUAACCCCAUGCUCUCUCCAUUUUGCUGUUCAUCUUCCAAAGAGCAACUUUUUUAGAUUAAUGGGUUUGUUCAAAAGUAAGGGUAUGGUUUACAGGCCCGUUAAAGAUGUCAAUUUAGGCCCUGAUAGCAGUGAAUUCUAUCUACAAGCCAAUGUGAAAGCUCCCCGCAUGACUGGAAUAUUGGUCAAGAUUUUCACUUGGUUCUUGGAGUCUCCAAUAUUUGGAGCUUUGCUAUUGUAUAUAUUGAAGGGAAACAAUCUUAUCCAUAAGCUUGUUACAAAUGCAGAGUUAGAAGAGUCACCCCUCUAUGUUCCCUUACAUCAUUUUGAAGACCACAAAGAACAAGAAGUUAAAUCCUUAGAUUCUGCUUUAACUCCACCAGAGCAAGUUCAACUUGCAAUAGAUUGCUUACCUACAUCUUCAGAAAAAGCACUUAAUGGAACAAAUUCUUCUUUCUGUCGCUGGACAAUAAUGGACUAUUCCAGAGCCUACAACUCAGGAGAUAUAACACCACGCAUGGUUGCAGAGCGAUUUAUAGCUGCUGUUGGUGAAUCAUCAAAGCUUCCACUCCAAAUGGGAUUCUUUAUUAACUACAAUGCUGAUGAGAUACUAAGACAAGCAAAUGAAUCAACUCUUCGGUAUCAGAAAGGGGAACCUAUCUCUGUGCUAGACGGAGUUCCUGUUGCUAUCAAGGAUGAAAUAGAUUGUUUGCCAUAUCCGACUACAGGAGGUACAAAGUGGCUGCACAAACAAAGACCUUGUAUAGAUGAUGCUUGCUGCGUUAAGCGUUUAAGGUUAUGUGGUGCCAUACUUGUUGGGAAGACUAAUAUGCAUGAACUUGGGGCUGGAACUAGUGGUAUCAAUCCACAUUACGGGGCUACUAGAAACCCAUACGGUAUCAAUAAGAUUGCAGGAGGUUCUUCUAGUGGAUCUGCUGCUGUGGUGUCUGCAGGGUUGUGCCCUAUUGCCCUUGGUGUUGAUGGGGGAGGCUCUGUGAGGAUGCCUGCAGCUCUUUGUGGUGUGGUUGGUUUGAAGCCAACUUUUGAUCGUGUACCUCAUUCUGGAGUUCUUCCUCUGAACUGGACAGUUGGGAUGGUUGGAAUACUAGCAGGAACUGUUGAGGAUGCAUUGAUCGCUUAUGCAGCUAUCAGUGGUGAAAUUCCAUCCCAUAAGCCCUCUAGUAUACUUACCAAGAUAAAUCUUCCACUGCUGCCCUUGACAAGGUCCAUCACUGACAUCAAAUUGGCAAAAUAUGGGAAGUGGUUUGAUGAUUCCAGUGAUGAUGUAAGAAUAUGCUGCUCCAAUGCUUUGAGCAAACUUCAGGAUCAUUAUGGUUGGAAGACCAUAGAAGUCACUCUACCAGAAAUAGAAAUGAUGCGCCUGGCACAUUACGUAACAAUUGGAUCAGAGUGUUCCACUGCGCUUGAUUCUUUUGGAGAAAAAAAACAUUUUGCAGAAUUAGGAUGGGAUGCAAGGGUAGCACUUAACAUCUAUGGUUCUUUCAGCAGCAAGGAGUAUAUUAAAGCUCAGAAAAUUAGGAAUCGCCAGUUGCAAUUUCACAAGAAAAUAUUUGCUGAAGCAGAUGUCAUUGUGUCACCAACAAUAGGUGUAACUGCAUACCCGAUUCAAGAUGAUGCCCUUAAGACUGGUGAACUAGACUAUAUCAACGGAGCUGCACUUGUUCGGUAUUCCAUAUCAGGAAACUUCCUUGGACUUCCCGCUGUGACUGUUGCGGUUGGAUACGAUAAAUUGGGAUUGCCUAUUGGUCUUCAGUUUAUAGGAAGGCCUUGGGCUGAAGCAACACUGAUCCACUUGGCAUUUGCAAUGCAGGCCAUCUGCUUGUCAGAAUACAGAAAGCCAGAGAUUUUUUAUGAUAUGCUAAGAAAAGAUUAAACAGACAUGGAUAUAUCAGAAGGAAGAUGGAAGCAUACACUAUACCCUAGCAGGAGCAUGUCUUUUCAAGCAAAAGCAGAACCAUGUUGUGUCCUUUUAUUCAUUUGUCUUUGUCAGUUUCUCUUUUUGUUUGUUAAGACAACUUAAUCACUUGAUGGAAAGUUAAGCGAGACAAGCCAAUAUCUGUUUUUGCAAAAAAUAAUUUAUCAAGAGGUCCUACCGGGAGUCGAACCCAGGUCGCUGGAUUCAAAGUCCAGAGUGCUAACCACUACACCAUAGAACCUCAGUUGAUAGUGAGUGGGAGAUUUGAUAGUUAAAUGUUAUUUCUUUCGUUUGAGAAAAUGAUGUAUGUUGCACAUAAUCAUACUCCUCCAAUUGAUCUCGGUUGAUGUGCAGAUACACAAUAUUUUAACAACCCAAAAAACUUAAU